AUGUCAGCACCACAGCCGCCAUCUUCCUCAAGGACACCCGGCCCACAUCCCGAAGGUCCUGGUUCGCGACGAUACAGCGCGGAUGCUACCAUCUUACUAGUUGGAUUUUUUGGAGCCGGCAAGAAAACCCUAGGACUCAUUGCCUCCGUUGCUCUUCGUCGGUGCUUUGUUGACUUCGACUCAUUCUUCCGGGACCAAAUCCAUUGUUCGCCUCAAGAGUUUAUCGCAGAACAUGGAUUCAGACGAUAUCGCGAGGUAGAGACAGAGGUGUCUCGAGAUGUUCUCACAAAAUAUCAAACUGGCUGUGUCAUUGCUGGACUUGGGUUCGCAGCCAGUCCGACCCAACGGCAGUUAUUAGGGGCCUUUGCGCAAAAUCACCCCGUUGUGUAUGUGCGGAGAAGCAAAGCAGACCUUCAACAUUUUAUCAGAAUCCCUUCCAAUAAUUUUGACCACAUCUUUGAAUUGGAGAAUGCUUUCUUCGAGUCAUGUUCCAACUUUGACUUUUUCAACAUCACGCAAGAGCCGAAUCAACAGACCAAAAGUCAGAUUCACGCACCACUCAAGCUAAAAGAGGUUGAACGCAUCUUUGUGGCUUUUCUCUAUCGCAUAUUUGGCGAUCCGCACAAGCAGCUUUUCUCUGCCGACGCAUUUUCUGCGACUCAUACAUACGCCCUUGAUUUGUCUUUGAAACAGCUUGAGACGGAUCUAGACACCGAAUUUUUGGAUGCAGGUGCUGAUGCCAUUAAGCUGACAUUGAACCAUGAAGAAUACAGCCAUGGAGAAAUAUCUGUUAGGCUUCCACGCUGUAUGACGAUUCUCAGAAAGCACACCCGUGUUCCAAUAAUUCUUGAUGCGCAAACAGAUCCAGAGAAAGACUCGACGGGCUAUUUGAAAUUCUUGGAAACAGUAGCACUACGUGUAGCUCCUGACGCAUUCACUUGUAUGCUCCAAAACAAAGAUACUGUUCGGCGAAUUCAUGCGACAAAAGGUCAUUCUAGAAUGAUUGCCCUAUACCAGCAAAUGGGUCCGUUGGGAGUUGACAUGUUACCCUCCGAAAUUCCUAACCUUCGUAUAUGGCUCGAAGACUUGGGUUUCGAAGCUCUCUGCAUUACUGGCCAACACGCAGUCGCAGGAGACGCACUCGCAUGCGUUGCCUUUCGCCAAAUGUUGACAAGCGCCCUCAAUAUUCCAGUUAUUGCAUACAAUACUGACCCUGAGGAGCGGGCUUCCAUACUCUUGAACCCAACUUUAUCUCCGAUACGGGUCAGUCCUGGUCAAGACCAGAUAUACUCUCUGCGAGACAUGCAGCAUGCGCUGAGCUCUUUCUCUCUACGUCCUAGUAAAUUGUUUAAGAUUGUGGGUCAAGAUCUCCGUCAUAGUCUGUCACCAGCAAUGCACAAUGCAGCCUACGCCGCCUGUGGUCUGCCCCAUAAGUAUGACUAUGAUGAGAUUCAAACAUUCCAUGAAAUUGAAGUCAUACUGAAAACGCCAUCUUUUGAUGACUUUCUUGGUGGUUUGAUCAUUUCCCUGCCAUUCAAAAACGAUAUUCUGCCCUUGCUCGAUGAGACCAGUCCCGACGCCAGAGACAUCAAUGCAGUAAAUACUGUGGUACUGGAGUACAAGCUUCAGCCGAACGGGGUGAGAACUCCCUUUUACCGUGGAUAUAACACAGACUACACGGGAAUCAAAGAUUGUGUACACAGCCACCUCUCUCCCGCGAAUGCCAUCCGAGGUGGGAGUACCGCUCUGAUCAUAGGGGCUGGUGGGAUGGCUCAUGCUGCUGUGUAUGCCUGCUAUCAAUUAGGAGUUCGGCAGGUAUUCGUUUACAACAGAACUCUUUCGAACGCACAAAAGCUGGCCCGUUACUACAAUGUAUGGGCGAGGUCCAAGGGGGACAACAUCUUCCAUUUGCAUGUUCUUCAGUCAACAGAGGACCGCUGGCCAUCGGAUUUUCGUCUUCCAACAAUCGUGAUUUCAUGCAUUCCUGGGAGGCACGUAGGCACCCAAUUGCCUGUCCUCUUCCAAGUUUCUGGUACUUGGCUUGAAAGUCGAACGGGAGGAGUAUUCGUUGAGGUUGGUUAUGGUCCAUCGAAAACCUCGUUGAUGGAGCAGAUGACUCAGUGGUCCAUGAAAGGGUGGAUCAUUGUCGAUGGAUUGAAGGUCCUUGUCAAACAGGGUAUUACCCAAUACGAGCUCUUCACUCAGAGACCAGCUCCUGUUCACGUCAUGCGACGAGCCGUUCAAGAAGAGGCCAUCAAGAAAGGGUACUUCCAUAUGUGGUAA